AUGGCCACUCAAGAACCGUCUCCCCCCUCAUCGAUGGAAAACAAUAGGCCGGGAUUCCCUAAAAUGAUUCUGGCCAAUAAACUCGAGGAGAAGCAUUUGUGUAACUGCUGUCAAAAUGUUCUGAGGAGACCGCUUCAAGCUCAGUGCGGCCAUCGUUUCUGUUCGUACUGCUUCAACCGCACCGUGAGUAAUGGACCACAGAAAUGCAAUGCUUGUAUCAAAGAAGAGAUAUUUGAGGAGCCCACGUCAAUUCUUAAACAAGGCUGUGCUUUCCCCGAUAAUGCAGCUCGCAGAGAAGUGGAAAACCUUGCUGCAGUUUGUUUCAAUGAAGGCUGCACCUGGACAGGCACUAUCAAAGAGUAUGAGUUGACCCAUGAGGGGAAGUGUGAGUUUAUGAUCCUCUCGUGUCCGUCGUGUAAGGAGCUGAUCCGACUGAACGAGCAGGAGCGUCAUAACGAACGAGAGUGUCCGGAGAGGAUCCUCAACUGCAAAUACUGCAAAGAGCCCUGUCACUUUAAACACAUCAAGGCUCACGAUGAGAUCUGUCCCAAAUAUCCCAUGAUCUGUGAGGGCUGCGCCAAGAAAAAAAUCCCCAGGGAAAAGUAUGUCGACCACAUUAAGCUCUGCAGCAAGUUCCGAACUCCGUGCAGAUACCACAUCGUUGGCUGUGACAUGUUGGUGGAGAAGGAGAAGAUCCACGAGCACGAACAAGCCUGUGCACAUGAGCAUCUCAACAUGCUUCUUCACUACAUUAUGGGCAUGAAGCUGCAGCUCCACAGCGAGAAGACCAAGGUGGCGGAGCUUGGCCGACGCUGCCAGGAGCUGGAGGUGAAGGCCAACACCUUCGAGGAGGUCGUGUGCGUGCUGAACCGGGAGGCAGAGCGGUUUGCCACCACCAUGGAGGCCAGCAACCGGCAGCACCGGCUGGACCAGGACAAAAUCGAGGCCCUCAGUAACAAGGUGCGGCAGCUGGAGAGGACCGUAGGCGUGAAAGACCUGACCAUCUCUGAGAUGGAGGGACGACUUCGGGAGAUGACGGCUACCACGUUUGAUGGCAUCUUCAUCUGGAGGAUCUCAGAUUUCUCUAAGAAGAGACAGGACGCAGUCGCUGGCCGAGCUCCCGCCAUGUUCUCCCCCGCAUUUUACACUAGUAAGUAUGGCUACAAGAUGUGUCUGCGGAUCUACCUGAAUGGGGAUGGGACAGGGCGUGGCUCUCACCUUUCUCUGUUCUUCGUGGUCAUGAGAGGACAGAGUGAUGCCCUACUGAAAUGGCCUUUUAACCAAAAGGUGACACUGAUGCUGCUGGACCAGAGUAACAGGGAACACAUCAUCGACGCCUUCCGGCCGGACGUGGCAUCCUCCUCAUUCCAGAGGCCCAUCAGCGAGAUGAACAUCGCCAGUGGCUGCCCGCUCUUUUGUCCUCUGGCCAAACUGGAUGGAAAGAACUCCUACGUCCGCGACGACACCAUCUUCAUUAAGGCCAUCGUGGACCUCACCGGGCUCUAG